AAUAAUUCCUAUAAUAAAAAGGAAAAAAGGAUUAUCCAAUUGACUAAAAAUCAACCAUUAGGGUGCUCAAUCAGAUUUUAUUUCUAAAGAAAAAUAACAACAAAGCUCCUUUGGAUCACUAACACCAUUCAAUAAUUAGCAGAUGAUGCCUGAAAAAUGCAUUAUGCUUCACCUGAGGUUAAGGAUUUUAAUGGUCCUCACAGAAUUGGGUGGCCCAACAAAGAAAGUGGCUGAUGAUGCUGCAUAAAAAGUGUAUCCCAGCCUGUGCUUGCAUACUUUAUUCACAUACACAACUUCACAUGCUCAAGCGGAAAAGAAAAUGAAUCAUCAUGCAUUCUUACUGCAACUGAUCGAAUCACAACACAAUAAAGAGGCUUAACAAGUUUAUCUACUUUACAUGUAGUCCAUAAGAAAAUCAUUCAUUUAUAAGUAAUUAACAUUAAUUUUUCAGAGCCAGGAUAAACAACCAACCACAAUUGAAGUAUACUUAGUUUAAGCCAAAAGCUGAGAUUUUUUUUUUUUUUUUGGAAUGCUGCCGAAGAUUGAGAUAAACCUCAGCUCAGAUUAUCAUAUAAAAGACUAAUUAGUUUAAAGCAACACCCAUACCCAUAGUCUACAACCAUCAAACAAACGUUUCCAAAAUCUUGAAAAAAGUCCACGCACUAAGUAUAGAUGCUUGUUUCUAAAUUUUAACACGUGCAUACAUAUCAACCAUAAAUGUAACCUUAGCAUAUACCACCACUCCAUUACAAAAUGGCUAACAUAUGUGUUUAGCCCCCUACUUUAUUAAGUUUGAAGCUUUUAACCUCUCACUCACCUUCUACUAUGAAGUUAUUAGCCCUUAAACUUAAAAUUUUGAAGAUUUUAGCCCCUGGACCAAAGGAAUACUUCACUCUCCGUUAAAGUGAAAAUAAAAUAUUUAUAGAAUCAGUUCUCAAGGAUUAAAAAUGUAACAAUUUAGUUCCAAAAGUUUAAAAAUUAACAAAAAAAAAAAUAGUAAACUAAAAAGAAUUAAUAGAUGACUUUGUCACAUACACUAGAACAAGAUUAGAUAUCUAUAAUCAAGUUAUUAUCUCAAUUUGAAGAAAGAAUUCUAAUUGAGAUUAAAGAAAAUUUUUUAGUUAAACUAAGACAAAAAACCCAAGAGACUAAAAGAAUGCAAUAAAGAUUUUCUUUAAUC